AUUGUUUGUGAAUUAAUCUUUCUACUUAUGUAUACAAAUUACCACAGUAUCUUAUUACAGAAGUGUGUGUAUAUAUAUAUAUUAUAGAAGUAUAUACACAACACAAAUAGUGCAUAAAUUAUAUUUAAGGUGUUUGGGUUAGGUAUGCAUUUGGCUAUAUAAUACAUCAAUCUCAGCAGAACAAUACAGUAAGCUAUGGAAGAAGAAACAUGGGUUUCCUAAAAUAGAAGUAUAUAAACAGUUUGUAAUUAGUUUUUUCUAACUUGUAAUUAUUCCACUGAAUUUCACAUUUAAACUUUUGAAUACAUGGUCAUAACGUAGAAAGGGCAUCAAGAGUUUAUUUAAGAAUUUAUUAUUUACGGCUAUAACAUGGAUUUAAAGGCGGUUGUUGUCUCUGGAGAAGCUCCAGAAUCUGAUGAUGACAAUGCAAAUAUUGCCACUGGUGUAGGGUUUUCUUCUGUACGAAAUCCUAAUUACUGUGGUACCAUCAUUUCUGGUGAAGCUCCUGAAUCCGACGAUGAUGGAACAAGUUUAAGUAGCAUCAGUGGAGCAGUUGAUGCUAUGGCUUGUAUGCCUUACGCUGAAAUUAAAAUACCCAAAUCGAAAAAGGAUUCUAUUAGAUACAACAGUUUACUACAUAAAAAAUUAUAUGAAUGCAACGAAACAUUAGAUAAGGAUCUUACACAAACGACCGAAGAUACGAUCGGCACCGCCGCGCAGGAAUUGUCAUCAGUUAAUCGACAACUGUUAAAAAGUGAACUUAUUCUUCAAGAGGCUGUCUGUCAAUUGCGUAGUGCCUGCAGUCGAGCAAAGGAUGCUUCAAAUGCCUUACAUCAGCUCAUAGACGUCAAUUUUCUACACUCUGUUAAAACUUAAUUUACUUAAAUAUGUAGAAUACUUAAUAGGUAUCAAUAAACAUAAGAUCAUAUUAAUAAUAGUGGUAAUGACGAUCGUGUUAACAUUAAUAAUAAAGAUAACGAUAGUACGAUAUCAGUAUUAAUGUAUUAGGUACUAGUACAAGUUUUAAAAAAAAAGUAACACGCAUGCUACUCUCAAAGGAUUUGGUGGGUAGAAUAUAUUUUAUUGAGCAUUAGUUGUUCUCUUUCAUUGGCAGUUCUAUUAUAUGUAUCAAUUGUUUCCUAGUGUGUUUUAGAACUUAAUUAAAAUAUUACUUUUUUUCAAUGUGUCAUAAAGAAAGAUCAUUAGUCACGACAUACAGAACAAAUUUAUAAUUACUGACGCAUUCGCAUCCUGAUCGUUGCAUUUUAAAUAUCGAAAUGACAAUAAACGUGGACAUUAUUUUGUAACAUACAGAUAUUAAGGUAUAUAUAUCAAAGAAUGUCACGAUA